AUGAUCGUGCCCCUGCCGGCAUUGUCACCGACCAUGGCGAGCGGUACGAUCACGCGCUGGGAGAAGAAGGAGGGCGACCGGAUCGGUGAAGGGGAGCUCAUCGCAGAGGUGGAGACGGACAAGGCGACCGUGGGGUUCGAGAGCCAGGAGGAGGUCUACUUGGCCCGCAUCCUGGUGCCGGAGGGCACCCGGGACGUGCCCAUCGGAGCCAUCAUCUGCAUCACCGUGGACAAGCAGGAGAACAUUGCGGCCUUCAAGGACUACAAGCUGGACUCGGCCUCCCCAGCGCCCGCCCAGCCCGGGGCCCCGGAACCCCCCGCGGCGGCCCCCGCCCCACCGCCCGCUCAGCCCGCCGGGGCCUCCAAGGCCUACCCACCCUUCAUGAAGAUCACCCUGCCGGCGCUGUCGCCCACCAUGGCGAUGGGCACCAUCCAGCGCUGGGAAAAGAAGGUUGGGGACAAGCUGAGCGAGGGAGACCUCCUGGCCGAGAUCGAGACCGACAAAGCCACCAUCGGCUUCGAGGUGAUGGAGGAGGGCUUCCUCGCCAAGAUCCUCGUCGCCGACGGGACGCGCGACGUCCCCAUCGGCGCGCCGCUCUGCAUCGUGGUGGAGCGUGAGCAGGACGUCGCGCUCUUCAACGACUACGUGGAGGCCGGCGCCGACGCCACCGCGCCAGCCAAGGUGUCCAGCGGCCCCCCCCCCACUCCGCAGCGGCCCCCACCCUGGCUCAGCCCCCUCCCCCCUCCCCGGCGGCCCCCCUCGGCGUGGGGGGGGCGGCCGCCCCGUCCCGCGGUCUUCGCCAGCCCCCUCGCCCGCAAGCUGGCCGCGGACAGGGGCCUCAACCUCGCCACCCUCAAAGGGACGGGGCCGGAGGGCCGAGUGACGAAACACGACGUGGAGACGUUCGUGCCGCCAGCCACGACAACUCCCACCGCCGCAACGGUCGCGCCCCCGGCCGCCCCUCGCCCCGCCCCCACGACGCCGGCCGCCCCCCUCGCCGGAGACUUUGUGGACAUCCCCGUCACCAACGUGCGCAAGGUGAUAGCGGCCCGCUUGCUGCAGUCCAAGCAGACCAUCCCGCACUACUACCUGUCCGUGGACGUGACGAUGGACGAGGUGAUCGGCUUGCGCAAGGAGCUGAACGAGAUCGUCAAGGAGGAGAAGAUCAAGCUGUCCGUCAACGACUUCAUCAUCAAGGCGACGGCGCUCGCCUGCCUCAAGGUUCCAGAGGCCAACUCCUCCUGGAUGGACUCCGUCAUCCGGCAGCACCACGUGGUGGACGUGAACGUGGCGGUGAGCACCUCGUUUGGCCUCAUCACGCCGAUCGUCUUCAACGCGCACCACAAGGGCCUCGCCAACAUCAGCCGCGACGUCACCGCGCUGGCCGCACGGGCACGUGACGGCAAACUCCAGCCCCACGAGUUCCAGGGAGGAACCAUCACCAUUUCGAACCUCGGCAUGUUCGGCAUCAAGAACUUCUCGGCCAUCAUCAACCCCCCGCAGGCGUGCAUCCUGGCCGUGGGGGGCACCGAGAAGAGGCUGCUGCCAGCCGACAACGAGAAAGGCUUCGUGGUGGCGAGCGUCAUGUCGGUGACCCUGAGCUGUGACCACCGCGUCGUGGAUGGAGCCGUCGGCGCCCAGUGGCUCGCCGAGUUCCGCAAGUUCCUGGAGCGGCCCAGCACCAUGCUGCUGUGAGUGGCACCACCACCACCGCCUCCUCCUCCUCCUCCUCAUCAUCGUCUUCCUCAUUGUCGUCAUCCCGGCACCCGCCACCGAACCCUCUCUCUCCGCCCUGGUGGCUGCAUCUCACGAACAACAACAGCAACAACAGCCGCAACGGCUGCUGCUGCUGCUAAAGCUACUCGGCAAUCAACGUCUACGGGACGUUACCCAACGCUCGGUCUGCGCGCACGCCCCACCCCCCCCAUCUCGUCCUCGGCUUCAGCAUCGUCGUCGCUUUAGUGCGUGACGUUGCACCACGCCGUGUCGCCCCCGCACCUCCACGCACCUCCACGCACCUCCACGCACCUCCACGUACCUCCACGCACCUCCACGUACCUCCUCGCACCUCCACGCACCUCCACGCACCUCCACGUACCUCCUCGCACCUCCUCGCACCUCCACGCACCUCCACACACCUCCACGCACCUCCACGUACCUCCUCGCACCUCCACGCACCUCCACGUACCUCCACGCACCUCCACGCACCUCCACGCACCUCCACGUACCUCCACGCACCUCCACACACCUCCACGCACCUCCACGCACCUCCACGCACCUCCACGUACCUCCUCGCACCUCCACGCACCUCCACGUACCUCCACCCACCUCCACGCACCUCCUCGCACCUCCACGCACCUCCACGCACCUCCACGUACCUCCACGCACCUCCACGCACCUCCACGCACCUCCACGCACCUCCACGCACCUCCACGCACCUCCACGCACCUCCACGCACCUCCACGCACCUCCACGCACCUCCACGCACCUCCACGCACCUCCACGCACCUCCACGCACCUCCUCACUCUGCCCUGGAUUUGCUGGCAAGAACCGUGGUGCACGGCGUCGAUGGGGCGGGGGGGUGGGUCAGGGGUUGGGGGGAGAGAAGCCCUCCAAGUUAUCACGUGGUGUGGCAGUGACCGACUGCUAGGGCCGCCAGGCAGCUGCUAGCAGCUGUGCCGCCUCUCUGUCUGCAACAGCUAUGAGCCUCGUAAACGGCUGUAUCCAUAGCAGUUCGACACGUACGCCUUGCAUGCCGGGAACUUCUUUCGCACCAUAUGUAAGCCAGCCGCGCUAAUCGGAGGUGCGGGGGGCGGGGGGAGCGCAACCAAUUAAACGCAACAACAGAGCAGUUCUUAAAGGAACUUCUUUUCGCACCGUACGCAAGCCGACGCCGCUAAUCGGACGUCGUGUUGUCCAACUUGGGCCCUGGGUGGCUCUUUUGGGGACAGAGAGACGUGCCCCCCCCUCCCGCUCCCCCCGGCAGGGAGUGAUCGCAGUAGCUGGCGGACAGGGCAUAGACCUCUCCCCCCACCCCCCCCCCCCCCACCACCGUUUGCGUGCGGAGAGACCUCAGCCUCACCCGUUUUUGUCACCAGAUUAUUUAACAUUUUAUGCAUUUUGAGGAAUUGUGCCCCCCUUGUCUUGUCGUUCUUAUCGUUGUCGUAAACCAGUGGUUCUUAAACCUUCACUGCAGCCUUGGCGGAACCCCCUUUGGUUUCGGGAGUUAAAAAAGUUCAUUGUUAAUGACCAAAUCUCGAUUUGAAGUUUUCGUGACUGCAGGGAUCCAUACUCUUUGAUUCUUGUGGUAAAGUCACGUGGGUAGAAAACAAAAUCAAUUAAAUGACGACGUUUCGGGCGCAACACAAGCGUCCGUCAUCAGGUGGGGCAACCACAGCAAGAAACAAUUGCUGAAGUGGGCAAAAGGGCUGCUGCUGUAACAAGAGGCCAUAGAGGUAAGAGAGGGGGGAGGAGCAGGGAGGAGAGAGAGAGAGGGGGUGGGUCGAUGAAACGGUUGUAAAAUGCAACCUUUUUGCCAAAAUCGAAGUGUGAAAAAACAAGAAUAGGUUUGUACGCUUUCUGGAAAUUAAACAGGAGCUGUGUUAAGUUUGUCAAACACCUAAUAGAGGAAACCUUUUGCACGGAAUCUAUAUACUGCAUGUGGUGAGCAUGCAAAUAUCCAUCGCUCUGGUAAUAUUCAUUGCAUUGUCUUUGAAACUGAUUGGCCUACACCUGGAUUCAUUGCCAAAGGUUUCUAUUUUGCGAGGAAUCAAAAAGGGUGGCGUCAUGCACCCCAGGUGAACAAGAACCACGAAUCUGGCUGUCGCCUGAUGAAGCUGGUUGUAAUUACUGGCGAAACGUCACGGCACUCAGAUUGUAAACGUUGUGGCUUUGCUCGCCAACACACAACCGGUCAGUGCUGUACUAGCCACGAAUUGGCCACGUCCUGUUCUCUAAACCUUGCUAAUUGGCCGUGCCGCGUGGUGGCGGGCUUAAAGACACAACAUUUAUACAUACGCGGUCUGACUCUAACAAAUCCGUAUCAUGGAUUAUAUUAAUCGCGGAAGCCGACUCACGUGUUAGGCAGGAACCACUGGUUUGAGGAAUUUACCCCUUUGUAUUAUUAUUGUUACAUUAUCGUUGUUGUUGUUGUCUUAAAUGGGGGGUGCGGGGUGGUGGCGAUGUUCGCUUUGCUUCUCGAUUGCACGUUGAUGUCCAGAUCUCUCUUUUGCUUGGGUGGUGGGGGGGGGGUUUACAAAGAGGGGAUAUUGAUUAGCCAGGCCGCUUAAGCCAGCACUCCAUAGUCAUGUCAUCACACAAAGACAAAGAUCCCCCGUGUAGCCUUCACAGACUGUAGGGGCAAGUGCUGUUAGCGAGCACCUAUGAAGGCCGGAACGGCACACGAGGGGGUGGGUGGCCAGCACCUCGCACGACCGCCUUUGUCUCCCCGGCGGCGAUCUUUACACACACAGCACCAGGUACUCGUUUGAUUCGACCUCGGGGAGGAGGCCCAGGGUCGGUUCGGACAAUCACCACCGGUGUUGGCCGUGAGCGGGAAUCGGACUCGGGUCGCCGGGUUCGCAGCGCAGCGCUAACCAGCUACGCCACCACUCACUACCCACUACACCACACACAUCACACCACACACACCACACACAUCACACCACACACACACCACACACACCACACACACCACACACACACCACACACACCACACACACCACACCACACACACACACCACACAAACCACACACCACACCACACACACACACCACACAAACCACACACCACACACACCACGCACACACACACCACACACGCGAGCAGAGACGCACAAUAAAUGUCUUGCCCCGUUGGAGACCUCAGAGCAUGCGUUUGAAGUCUGAGUUCGACCCCUGGGGGGAGGGGAGGGGAGGGAUUGCCCCCGGGCUCGGCUCGGUCUCGCCGGGCGUGCGUUUGUCGCGUCCUGGAAUAAAGGAACUUGUCUGA